ACAAAAUAAGAAGUUUACUUUAAGUUUACAUUUUCGAAUCUCUGUGAACACUUUCUUGUUUUUUUGUAUUUGUAUUUGGAUCCAAAAUCGUGGACACACUUCUCCAGUAUCUCCACAUUUCUCAAGAUCACAAACUCAAAAUCUAACUCAUUUUUAUCUUCAUAAUCCAGUUUCUCUUAGAGGUUUUUCUUACAUCUUCUCAUCCGUUUUUAAAUGGUGGCGCCCAAUUUGGUUUUGUGGGCGCCUGUUUCAUUCCCAAUUUAGACAAAUUUUGAUUAUCCCAAACUUUAAUCUUUAAUUCUCAUGCGUUUGCAUAAUUACUCAAACUAAUCAGUUUCAUAACAGGAUUGUUUCCUUUGGCUUUAAUUAACUAUAAUUUUGGUUUUUAAUUUUCUGGGUUUAUGUUGACCUAGUUUUUGUUAAAUCUGUAUACUUCAGUUGACUUGAAUUGGAUCAGUUUUGUCAACUGUUUGCAUUUGGUAUAAACAAAGGGUUUAGUUAGAGGUGUAAGAAUUGGAGAAAAUUUGGUUCUAGAUCUAUAGAGUAGUAGUCUAGGGUUUAGGUAGAAAACUAUUGUCUAUUUAGUGGAAAUAAUUUGAUAGCAGGAUGAUUGGGAGGAAAAAUGGACGGGCAUCACCAUUGCUUCUGGUUCUUUUAGCUCUAGGAAUAUUUUUUGUAACAUAUAACUUAUUAACUAUGAUAAUUAGCAAUAGAACUGGGGGCGGUGAUAGUUUAGAUACUUCAUUUUCGAGGUCUGACCCGGUUACUCAAAUGCCUGAAGAUUUUAAAACAAGCGGGAAAUUGCUAUUCCAUGUUGCCCUUACUGCUACUGAUGCACCUUACAGCAAAUGGCAAUGUCGGAUUAUGUAUUAUUGGUAUAAGAAAGUGAAGGAAAUGCCUGGGUCAGAGAUGGGAGGAUUCACUAGGGUUUUGCAUUCUGGGAAUCCUGACAAUCUCAUGGAGGAAAUUCCCACGUUCGUUGUUGAUCCUCUUCCCGAGGGACUCGAUAGGGGUUACAUUGUCUUGAAUAGGCCAUGGGCAUUUGUGCAAUGGCUAGAAAAAGCUACAAUCGAGGAGGAUUACAUCCUGAUGGCGGAACCUGAUCACGUUUUUGUAAAUCCUCUGCCUAACUUAGCACGUGGAGGAUAUCCGGCAGCAUUCCCAUUUUUCUAUAUCAAACCUACUGAACAUGAGAAUGUUAUAAGAAAGUUCUAUCCCAAGGACAUGGGCCCCGUGACAAAUGUUGAUCCCAUUGGCAAUUCUCCUGUAAUUAUCAAGAAGUCCACUCUGGAGAAAAUUGCACCAACAUGGAUGAAUGUCUCUCUAAGCAUGAAAGAUGAUCCUGAGACUGAUAAGGCUUUUGGAUGGGUAUUAGAAAUGUAUGCAUAUGCUGUUGCAUCGGCGUUGCAUGGCGUCCAGCAUACCCUCCGAAAAGAUUUUAUGCUACAGCCCCCGUGGGAUUUGGAGGUUGGGAAGAAGUUCAUAAUUCACUAUACUUAUGGAUGUGACUACUCUUUGAAGGGUGAACUAACAUAUGGGAAAGUUGGGGAGUGGCGCUUUGAUAAGAGAUCGCAUCUUCGCGGUCCUCCACCAAGAAACCUCUCCUUGCCCCCACCUGGAGUUCCUGAAAGUGUGGUAACAUUGGUUAAAAGAGUGAAUGAGGCUACAGCUAACAUUCCUGGAUGGGAUAAUGUAUAAUACUCAGUCGAACGUCAAAAAAUUGACCAUUGAAGUUUAGAUACCUUCAUUAUACCUCGGAAGAGAUCAAUCUAUACACUUUACAGGCUGUUGUUGUUGAAGUGAAGAAAGAUGUAGCAUUGGAAAGGAGUAGUUUUUUUUACGCAUCAAACAGAGAUCCCAUCCCCCUGGAACAAAAGCAGAAUCUGCCACAAGAUCUUCUAACUUUCACAUUGUUUACUAUUCUUUUAUUAUCUUCACAUAACGAAUCUGUAGUAGGCUGCCUGGAUAGUGUCAAGUGGAUAUGUAAUAGUUCCAAUAAAGCUGAUAUUUAGGGUGUAGCCGUCUUCAUUACACGCCUGUACCGGUUUAGUCAAGUGAUAAAUUAAAUGCCAUCUGAAAGUCAAUAGUGUUGUUCAAUGUUCAA